AUAUAGGGACGGAUGUGUGUGUGCCAAGUUUUUGUGUUGGUUUUUUGUUCAACUUGAAACGGUUCAACAGUUCUUUGUGCUCUGAGGCUGUGCCUCUAGAAGAAAAGCAGAAAAUCAGAAAAUCAGAAAAGCUGAAAAGUCGCAUUAACGUAAAUUUUCAACGAGUGCCACAAAAAGUAAACAGACGCAAUAGCUGGCAACAAUAACAAGAAAAACAACAACAACCACAACUGCGAUUGCAAUAAAUUCGAGUGCAUUUGGCACAUACCAGAAACAGGGCAGACAACCGAUCGUUUCUUUGUUCUUGGCCUGCUGCGCGGAAUAUAGCACUGCAAAAGAAUGGGCAAUGCCGAGUCAACGCAGCCCGAAGCACAUGAUUCAGAUCCGUCCACGGCGAGCGUGGGCGCAACGUUGCCAGCCCCGCCCGAUGAGCCCUGGUGGCAGCAAAUCGAGCACGAGAAUUUAAUACUCCAGCAGCUGCCUGUCGAGCUUCCAGCUAAUGUGGAGCUGCAGCCGGAGCAAACCAUAGCCAACAUGGAGACCAAGCCGGAAACAGCCGGUGCAGAGCGCGAGCCCACGCUAGAGGAGUUCCGGGAGCAGCUGGCCAGCAAGCGGUUGGCGCGUCAAACGGCUGUGCAGGAUAUGCGCGAAGAGCUGGCCAACUUGCGCCAGCAACUGGCCAAGGAGCAGGCGGAAAAUCAACGUCUGCGCAGGCAAACACAAGGCGAGACGGCAGCGCCAGCGGAAGAGCAGCUGGAGGAGCAACUGGAUCCCGAUGAUGAGAAUCCCAGCAGUCGCAGUCGUCAUGCCAACAUUGAGCUGGCCAAUGCCCAGCUGGCACUGCAAUUGGCCAAUGCGGAUAAUCUGUCGCUGCGCAGCGAGUUGGAUGUGGUGCAGCGUCAGGUGGGCACCCUCAAGGAGGUCAUCUGCUGCUGCAAGCAGAUGCUCAGCGUCAAGGAGGAGCAGUGUGCACAGCUCAAGAUGAAAUUGCAGGAGAUUGAGAACUCGUUCAGUGAGCGCGAAAUGAAGAUCAUGUCCAAUAAUCUGCGCCAGGAAUACGAACGUCAGCUGGUCAAUAUACGACAGCUGCGGCAAUUGUACGAGGAGCGACAACGCGUUGCCGCCGCGGAAUAUGAGAAUUUGCAGCGUCUCAUCUCGAUUAAAAAGGAUGAGCUCAUCGCGGAGCAGGAGAAAACAAAAAGCUUCGAGGAGCGCAAUCAAGAGCUGCUCAAGGAGCUGGAAACAGCCAACCAGCAGCUGGCCAAGUUGCGCGACGAGUGUGCCGAACACAAGUUCGAGAAGCGGGCGCUCAAGGACCAAGUGGGCGCAGUCAAUUUGCUCUUUAGCCAGCUGGUAAUGGGUUUCAAUGGCAAGAAUAAUUUGGAUAUUGAUCGCCUGACACAAAUGCUAGAGGAGAAUCGCGACCUGUUGAACGAAAUGACCCAGGCGGAGGGCAGCUGCAGCGAUGGCGCCACGCUGCCCAAGCUCCUAUUCGAGCUGGUCGAGCAGGCGGCCAAAUCGGGCGACGACGAGCAUCAGAGUGACAAGAGUCGCAGCGCAACGCCCACGCCCACGCCAAGCCCAGAGCAAGGAGCAGGCAGUGAGGUCAGGGCCGUGGGCGAAGACAUCACUGACUCGGUGAGGCUGGAGACCGGCGGCAGCAGGAAGCAUCGCAGGCGCAGUGGAGGAGUUGGUGGUGCAAGCGCUGCGGCUACGUUAAAAAGCCAUGAGCCCGAAAUUAUGGGAAAAGUUGCUACGGCCCAAGAAAUCAUUGGCAACUUGCCAAAAGUUUGGAAAGUGUUGAUGGAGCUCUUGAGUCACCACAAAAUCGAGCGCGUGCAGUUUGAAGAGCAGCCAGCACCAGCCACCGAGGAUGCCCACAAGACUGCGGGCACAACAACAACAACAACAACAGCGACAACAACAACAACAACAGGAGCAACAACAGGAACGGGAACGGGAACGGGCAAAGCGCCGGAGCUGAGCGUCAGCAAGACCUACAUCAAGCUGAAGGAUCUGAUUAUGGAAAAGAAAUCGCUGGUUAAGGAAACGAAUCGCCUGAAGACCCUCAACUGUCACUUGGACUACAGACUCAACGAGCAGGAGAAGCGUUUAAGUGCGGUCAGCUUGGAGCUGACGAAAACUUGGCAUCUGGUGGGCAAAAUGCAGCGUCAGCAUCGCCAGCUGCAUACACAGGAGCAGAUAUUGCGUUACCAGCUGCAGCAGAAGCGCCGCCUGCUCAGCGAGCUCAAGGACGAGCUGGAAUAUUGUCGACGCAAAUGGGCGGCAGCCCGGGCCAAGAACGACGAGAGCCAGGAACAGUGUAACGAUUGGCGGCGCGAAUUUGCGCGACGCAAACUCGAGGAUGCCAAUCACUCCGCGGAAAGUGGUUACAGCGACUCCGGGCCACAGUCGGACGAGGAUGCAGCAGUGGGAGGAGAAGCGGCUGCCGCAGGCGUUGAUGAGGCGGAGGCGGCACCACGUCGCAAACACUUGAGGGAUCAGUUCAAGCACACGCGCAAAAUAAAGCGCAUGCAAAGCACAUCGCCGGGUCGCCAGGCCGCGGCGGCGGCAGCAGCAGAAGCCGAGCCGGAGCAGGAUGAGGAGAUUAUUUUGCGUUGGAAUAGCGCGCCGCCCACUUGCGGCUGGCGCGAGGGCAGCGAGUACGAGGCGGAAGAGGAGGAGAACGACCUGGUUGUGGCUGGAACAUCACGCGGCGCCGUGGCCAAAACUAUGCACAGUUCACGCAGCAGACAGCGCGGCAAAUUGGAGCCCGCCGUCAGCUCGAUGUCGCCCUCGUCGACAACCACAGACGCGGACACGGGCACGGCCAGUCGCAUACAGAAACUGGAGCAACAAUGCCAGUCGCUAAUACAGCAGGUGCUGGAGACCAGUGGCAAUCGGGAGCGCCUUGAGGUGCAGCUGUGUCGCUUUCAGGAUGAGAUUGCGCCCGUGCAGCAUGCGGUGCCGCUCGAUGAGUUCAUCAAUCGUAAGCGCCUGGAGCGCUUGACGCGCGCCAGCUCCGCUCCAGCCACCGGUGGGAGUCUGACGCCUCGCGAGGAGGAGUACACGCGCAAGCGCUCCGAGCGCCUGGGCCGGCUCGAGGAGGAGUCGCGGCAGCUGCUGUCGCGCAUCAAACGCACCACGGAUCGUGGACACUAUCUGAAGAAGUCGCUGGAUCGGAUUAGACGUGCGCCCAGUCGCGAGGCGAGCUUCGAGAGCAACACCGAGGAGGAGCCCAAGGAGGAGACAGUUAGCACAGUCCUAACCGCCGAAGAGGAAGCCUAUACGACGCGUCGUGCCGCCCGUCUGCAGCGUCUGGAGCAGGAGAGCCAGCAGUUGUUGACACAGCUCGCGCGGAACACGGAGCGCGGCGAGGGUCUGGCCAACAAGCUGGACACGCUGCACGAACGUCACGAUGGUCAGGAUCGAGUUCCUAUCGAGGAAACCGCGGCCAGCAUCUCGCAGACCGUGGAGCAGCGCUUGGAGGACAUUGAGCGCGUGUCUGCGAAUCGAGCGGAGCGGCUGCGUCGCCUGGAACUGGAGGGAGAUGAGCUUAUAGCCCGGCUGAGUCACACAUCCGAGCGCGGCACCGCGAUGAUCAAUCGCAUCGCGAAGCGUGAGGCGAGCCGACGACAGGAGGCGGAGCUGCUGGAGCAAACGCUGCCCGUCGAGGAGCAGCCAACCAGUAGCUUGGACCAUGCCCCCAUAGUGAGCACCGUGCAGGAACUCAGUGAAGCCGCCUGCUGUGUGACGGUCACGACCAUCGCCAGCCAGUUGGCCAUGCAGCAGCAAUCCACAGGCGCCAUACCGAAGAACCACAGCAGGAGCCAACCCCAAGCGCAGCUGUGCGCGGCGAAACGCCAUGAAGAUGCCCACAAGAAGCGUUGUAAGGAGACGACGGAGCCGGAGCAGGUCAAGGAUGUGCCAGCUACCCAGGCGGAGACACUGGAGGACUUGGUGCAACGUCUGCGAGCAUUGCCCUAUGCCGCAGACGUUGAAAGCGAAAGGGAGCAGCCCGAAAGUGGAGAGCAGGAUCAGCCGCAGGAGGAGCCGAAGAAGGCGUCGGAGGAAGAGCCGCAGGAGUCGGAGGAGAAACCGCAGGAAGGGCCGCAGCAGGAGUCGAAGGAGGAGCCGCAGGAAGAGCCGCAGGAGCAGCCACAGUAGGAGGAAGGCAAAUGAUAACUUUCAAGACUUUCUAUCAGGAUUCCAGAGAAGUUUGUAUUUGGUAAUUAUAAACAAAAAUCAGUGGGAAUAUGUAAAACUGGAGUCCAUUAUACCUAAUCCAAUGCAUGCUUUAAGGAUA